UAGCAAGGAGCUCGUUUAUCGCGAAUCAGUUUCGAGUCGAAGUCGGUUUGUAGGUUAUUUCUCUGUGGGAGUUCAACUUUUUAACCUUUUUAAAAUGCGUGAAAUCGUUCAUCUUCAAGCGGGUCAGUGCGGAAACCAGAUUGGUGCUAAGUUUUGGGAAGUUAUUUCAGACGAACAUGGAAUUGACCCAACUGGUACAUAUCACGGUGAUUCUGACCUCCAGUUAGAAAGAAUAAACGUUUACUACAACGAAGCAACUGGAGGGAAAUAUGUACCACGAGCUGUAUUGGUCGAUUUGGAACCUGGAACAAUGGAUUCAGUUCGGUCUGGACCUUUUGGACAAAUUUUUAGACCUGACAAUUUUGUUUUCGGGCAAAGUGGGGCUGGAAAUAACUGGGCGAAAGGGCAUUACACAGAAGGCGCCGAACUGGUAGAUUCUGUUCUAGAUGUAGUCCGAAAGGAAGCGGAGAGCUGCGACUGCCUGCAAGGAUUUCAACUAACACACUCCCUCGGCGGUGGAACAGGCUCUGGAAUGGGCACUCUGCUGAUUUCAAAGAUCCGUGAGGAAUACCCUGAUCGUAUUAUGAACACUUUUAGCGUUGUUCCUUCCCCUAAAGUGUCGGAUACCGUCGUCGAACCCUACAACGCUACGCUCUCAGUUCACCAGCUAGUCGAAAACACCGACGAAACAUACUGCAUCGACAACGAAGCGCUUUACGACAUCUGCUUCAGAACUCUGAAACUGACCACCCCAACUUAUGGCGACUUGAACCAUCUUGUUUCUGCCACAAUGAGCGGUGUAACAACCUGCUUAAGAUUUCCCGGCCAGCUAAAUGCUGAUUUGAGAAAACUUGCUGUCAACAUGGUUCCCUUUCCCCGUCUUCACUUCUUUAUGCCUGGCUUUGCUCCUCUGACGAGCCGUGGUUCCCAGCAGUACCGUGCACUGACUGUUCCAGAGCUCACACAACAGAUGUUUGAUGCCAAAAACAUGAUGGCAGCCUGUGAUCCACGUCAUGGAAGAUACCUGACUGUGGCUGCAAUGUUCCGUGGCCGCAUGUCCAUGAAGGAGGUUGAUGAGCAGAUGCUGAAUGUGCAGAAUAAGAACAGCUCUUACUUUGUGGAAUGGAUCCCUAACAAUGUGAAGACUGCUGUGUGCGACAUUCCUCCUCGAGGUCUAAAGAUGUCUGCCACCUUUGUUGGUAACAGCACUGCUAUCCAGGAGCUGUUCAAGCGCAUCAGUGAACAGUUCACUGCUAUGUUCAGGCGCAAAGCCUUCUUGCACUGGUACACUGGAGAGGGUAUGGAUGAGAUGGAGUUUACUGAGGCUGAAUCCAACAUGAAUGAUCUUGUCUCUGAGUACCAACAGUACCAAGAUGCCACGGCAGAAGAGGAAGGAGAGUUUGACGAGGAAGAAGAAGAGGAGGGUGAAGCUGCCUAAACUGGUUUUACUGGAUUUGACUUUCAAACUACAUUGCACUUUUGUGUGGUUGUAGAAAAACUUGGAAUAAACUUGUAAAAAUACC